CAGCUUCCAGGUCGUGAGAAUCUGGAAUCGGUUCCGGGUUCCGGCACAAGUGCUGUGUAGUCUUAUCGAUAACUGUCCUGGGCGAGAAUGGCAUCGGGAAGGUCAUCAAUUUAUCAGGAUUUGUCAGAGAUUUAUGAUAAUGUAAUCAAUAAGGAGCAUCCUCGAAAGCUGAUACCGGAACUAUGUAAACAAUUUUACAACCUCGGAUGGGUGACUGGCACCGGUGGCGGUAUAAGUAUUAAGCUGGACGACGAAAUAUACAUUGCCCCUUCCGGUGUGCAGAAGGAACGAAUUCAACCGGACGACCUCUUCAUACAGAACAUUGAGGGAGAUGAUCUGCAAACACCGCCUGAUUAUAAAAAGCUGACGAAAAGUCAAUGUACACCGCUAUUUAUGCUUGCAUACAAAGAGCGAAGUGCUGGAGCUGUUAUACAUACGCACAGUCCCGCAGCAGUAAUGACAACGUUGCUCUGGCCGGGUAAAGAGUUCCGUUGCACACAUCUGGAAAUGAUAAAGGGUAUUUAUGACUACGAGCUAAAUCGCAACCUAAUGUACGACGAAGAACUUGUGGUGCCUAUCAUCGAGAAUACGCUGUUUGAGAAGGAUCUGGAAGAAUCGAUGGCGAACGCGUUGCGGGAUUAUCCCGGCACUUCGGCCAUACUUGUACGUCGCCAUGGUGUAUACGUGUGGGGUCAUAACUGGCAGAAGGCAAAGACAAUGGCGGAAUGCUAUGACUAUCUGUUCUCACUAGCCGUAGAAAUGCAUAAAGUUGGCCUGGAUGCAAACGCCGUACCGAAACAAUACUAGAUGAGUUCUUUCCAGCUUUAACCACCUCAGAAAAGCUAGGCCUGACACCCCCAGGUUGGGAUUAGGCAGAUAAUCACACACAGUUUACACCAUGCAUGAUAAUCGAGUAGAUUUAGCAUUAGUUGUUAUCAUGGCAUAUCCAUGAAUGUUUUCCACGGCGCAUUUCGCAAACAUUUGCAUACUUUAUGUUUUUAUAUUAAUCUAGUUUAUGUUUUUGUUCAAUCUAAUGCACAACCACAGGGAAAUAUAUUGCUAGCGGUUUA